CACACUGUAUGUGAAUAGAGCCCAGGAGGGGAUGAAGACAGAACUGUGUGAGAGGAGAGGAGAGGAGAGGAGGUGCAGGUGUAGUUUGCCUGAGUGUUUUUAAAUAUUAAAUAACUAUGGUGCAAAGUUAUUAUAGAUAAUCUGAAAGGCCACACUUACUGAUACCGAGUCUACCCGUGCAAACCGCCUGCAGCCGGGCGUGAUUGACUACCAGCAGCUAUCUGAUCUACUGAAAGACAUUGACAACCAAUAGGAAGCGGAGCGCGGCUUGUUUCCAUGGGGAGCCCCGGGAGGCGAUGCCAAGCCGCCAGAAAGAAGCUCAGCGAGCGGGGAGAAGCGCAGACAGUAGCCGGGACUGGUGCAGCUCCUGCCGGCCGCUCCGUGGCUUUCUGUGCGCGGAUGAAAACGACGCACAGGGGCAAGCGUUUGAAAGGAGAGGGGAACUUUGCAGACUGGAGAUCGAGGAGAAUGGAUGGAAAUCACGAUCAGCAAGUGCCUUAUUAUAACUCCAAAAACCUGCAAGAGAAGACAUCUUGCUAUGAGAGUCCAGCAAACAACAGAAAAAGAAAAUUCAUUAAGUCCGACCUGGCUGUGGACACUGAAGAGCUCUUCCAGGACCUCAGUCAGCUGCAGGAGACUUGGCUGGAAGAAGCUCAAGUUCCCGACAAUGAUGAGCAGUUUGUUCCAGACUUCCAGACAGAAAACUUGGCUUUCCACGGACUGCAGCUGAAGAUCAAGAGGGAGCUGCACAGCCCAUGUUCAGAGCCCAGCUCCAGCUGCAGCCAGGAGCGGCCCUUCAAGCUCCAGUAUGGAGAGAAGUGCCCGUACAGCAUCAGUGUCUAUGAACAGAAGCACCACACAGGAAUGAAGCCCUCCAGCCCAGUGACGCCCCCCUGCAGCACCCCUGUGUCCCCCCUUCACCAUGGUUCACCCACAUCAGCGCCUACCCCCAAACCGGACCGGACUUAUGCCCACAUCCCGUCCUCGCAGCCUCUUCCUGACAGCGGCUACUCCAUGGACCACAGAUUUCGACGCCAGCUCUCCGAGCCGUGCCACUCGUUCCCGUCCCCGCCGACGAUGGCUCGGGACAGCCGGCCCAUCUACCAGAGGCAGCUGUCAGAGCCCAGCAUCCCUUUCCCUCCUCAAGGCUUCAAGCAAGAGUACCCAGACCCCCUGUUCGAGCACCCAGCCAUGAUGGGAGCACCGCUCCCCCACGGGUACCCAGCCAGCAUGAUGAUCAAGCAGGAGCCAAGGGACUUCACUUAUGACUCAGCAGAAGUGCCUAGCUGCCAUUCUGUCUACUUACGACAAGACGGCUAUUUGGCUCACACUAACAGGACUGAAGGUUGUAUGUUUGAUAAAGUGGCGAGGCAUUUCUACGAUGACACCUGUGUUGUGCCUGAAAAGGUUGAAGGUGACAUCAAGCAGGAGGCAGCCCUCUACCGUGAGGGUCCAUCAUAUCAGCGUCGGGGCUCCCUGCAACUCUGGCAGUUCCUGGUGGCUCUUCUAGAUGAUCCGUCCAACUCCCACUUUAUCGCCUGGACCGGCCGUGGCAUGGAGUUUAAACUCAUUGAGCCAGAAGAGGUGGCACGUCGGUGGGGGAUACAGAAGAACCGGCCAGCAAUGAAUUAUGACAAACUCAGCAGGUCGCUUCGUUAUUACUACGAAAAGGGAAUCAUGCAAAAGGUUGCCGGUGAGAGAUAUGUCUACAAGUUCGUGUGUGACCCCGAGGCCUUGUUCUCCAUGGCGUUUCCCGACAACCAGCGGCCGGUGCUGAAGACGGACAUGGAGCGGCAGAUCAACGAGGAGGACACAGUGCCGCUGUCACACUUUGAUGAAAACAUGGCGUACGUUCAGGAGGGGCCCUACUGCCAGCCGCAUCCCUACAGCGAAGGCUACGUUUAUUAACAACACACACACACAUUCACUCUGCUGUGCUGCCCCACCUCCUCCAUACACCUGAGACUGUCAUGUCCUCUGAUUCACCGUCGCUCCGGGAAAAAGACUGAACACACACACACACAUACACAGUGACACUUCCCUCAAUCUGUCCAACAUAAACACACUCAGUCAUCCUCUUUUUCGCUCUUCUCUUUCUGACGUCCAGAGAGUGCACUUUAUGGACAGGAACAGCACCAGAGUCUGUGUUUGGCUUUUUACCCGUUUAUGUUUGUACAUUAAUGCUGAAAGCAUUCUGUUUAUUUUGUGUUUUAUUAUCAUUUUGAGCAUGUGCUGCCCUGAUGAGACUGGAUUCAGCAGCUAAAACUUUGGUUUCCUGCAAAAAGAACUCUUCUCUACACACACAAGUGAAGCAAAUAGAACAAGGAAAAACUAAAGUUUUUUUCUAAUGCAAACAUCUACUGGAAAUCUAAAACUACUUCUGUGGUAAAGAGACAGUUCUUUGAAAGAAUGAUGUGAUAGUGAAAAAAAGGACAUUUUACCUGUGCAGGUGAGAACUUCCUCACCUCGAAGCUGACCACAGCCCUCUGCCAUGACUCCAACCAAACUGUAGAUCUCAUCAUGUAGGUGUUUUAGCUGUAAUGACAUAACCUCCACUGGAUUAUUCUCUCAUCAGCUAAAAAAUAAAGCCUUGUGGGUCACGACUUUGUUCCACUACGAGGAUGCACUGGAAUCUUAAACAACAAACGUAUGUUUAGGGUAAUCAUCAGAGAAAUAACUCAGUCGCUGGGUAAAAAAAAACAAAAAAAAAGAAAAAACUGAUUUGUAUUCAUUUUUCAUUCAGGUGUUCAGUUUUUCAGUGAAAAACAGGUGACGUCUAUGUACAGUUAAAAUUAAUUCAGAAUACCUAUUGCAUCCCUAAAUAAAAAAUAAAAACUGGAUUUCAUCAGCAAAAAUAAAAAUUACAUUUUCUUUUUAUUUGUUCGGUUCUGUUCCAGGUGAAUGCAAUGUGUAUGUUUGUUUCUGAAAACAAGUUGCUUUGCCAUGAUUAGUUUGCUUCUUGGUAAAACAAAAAAAUAACUAUUUAGAAGUUUAUAAUGUGGUGAAUUAAAGAAAGUCGUGUUAUAUUAUAAUGUUGUAUAAUCAGGUACCUGCACAUUUUGUUGCUGCUUCAAAUUGUAAGUGUAUUUUCCAGUCUCAAGAUAAAAGGAGAUCAAAAAAUCCAAACCAUUUGGCAACUUUGGCCUGCUGCUCUGUUUUUCUGUUAUUUAGUUUGUUUGUUUUUUUCUUUCAUCCAAUGCAUCCAAAAAAAAAGAAUAACUCUGGUCUGUCUGAGUUCUUUUUGGAGGUUUACGUGUGAGGGAUGGGAUUGGCAAUAGGAACAUUCUGUAAUAAAAUAGUUAAAAAAAACAAAAUUAUGUCCACUUGUUAAUGCUUACAUAAUUAAACAAUCACAUGAAA